GUCACCUUUACUGUAUCUCUUCUUUUUGCUUGUUCCUUCAUUCCCGACGUGUUCCAAACGUUGCCAAUUAUUUUCCGUAGGAAUGCCGGGGCUAAUUUGUGAAUGGUCCCUCGUUGCUUUCACAUCUUUGAAUCUCGAAGGGGUUUUGCACCGCUGUCCAGAGGUUGAAGAAACUCGGGCUUCCCUUCCCAGUGUGUACAGGGAAAUUGAAAGCUUGCUCAUGCGAGGGGAGGGGAGGGGAGGGGAGGGGAGGGGAACCCGGCGCUUCGCGAGGCGCGGUGCUGCUUGCCUGCCCGGGACUUCCCUGUUGUAUAUGAGACACCCACCCACGCAAAGAUGGCUGCGAAAGGCUCGCAUUUUCACCUGAAAAUGGAAGAGGCGGUCGAGAGGUGCAGGACGGAUUGCCAGUGGGAGAUGCAGCUCGCCCUGGUGUCGCAGAUGAGGGCGCGGGCAUCCAGCCCUCGGCACAAGGGGGCGAAAGGAGCCGGAGCCGGAGCGCAAAAAUCUGAAGACUAUGAGAAUCUUCUAGCUGCGGAGGCACUGCUGGAGCUAUGCUUAAAAGAGAACCUUGCCAAAAUCAAGGACACCAUGCCAUUAAUGGAAAAAAAUGAGCCCAAACUGAGUGAUGCCAAAAAGUCUUUGACUGACAUUCUAAAUCGAGGAAAAUUACUGCCAAAAGAUAUGACGGAAGCAAUGCUGAUCCUCGCAAAGCUUCAUUAUAUUGAAGGCUGUUACCGGGAAGCUUUAAGCAUGUAUGCAAGAGCUGGCCUUGAAGACAUUGUAGUAGAGAAGAAACCUUUAUACAAGCUGCGUCUGCUAACAGAAGCUUUUGUUAUUAAAGGCUUGGCACUGGAGCGCUCACCCAAUUCCAUUGCUUCCCAAGUCCGGCUGUCUGAAAGGGAAGAGGAAGUCAUGGCUUGCUUUGAGAGGGCAUGUGUAAUUGCUCAGGUGUUCCUGCAAGAACUGGAGAAGUACCAGAGCUUUAAUAAUGCACAUGCAAGAGGCAUAAAAGGUGGCCAUGGGUCUCCUUUGGAUUUUGAACUUCCUUACUUCCUGGAAGCAGCUCUGCAGAGUGCAUAUGUGGCUCACUUAAAAAGAGGCAACAUUAUUAAAGGAAUAAGAAAUCUCCGAGAAUUGUUAAGGACUAUGGAAACGAAGGCUACUGAGAGCUUCAGAAUGACAGCCACCAAACAGCUGGCAGAGCUGCUCCUCCACUCCCUGAGUGAAGAUUGUUACUGGAGUCCCUUAUCUGAUCCUCUUCCUGAAUUCAUGAAGAAAGAAGAUAAUGCUUAUAUCUGCACCACUUUGCGUCGAAGACUACAGUUACAUGCUGGAGAUAACACCUAUAGCCCCCAUGACAACGUUGAAGAGGCUCUCCUCCUCCUCCUGAUCAGCGAAUCCAUGGCAAACCAGGAUGCAGUAAUCAGCCGGGCCCCUGAUCAGAAAGAUGAUCGAGCCAUCAGUCUCCAGGAUGCAUCAGCAGUUUAUGAUCUUCUGAGUAUCACUCUGGGCAGAAGAGGACAGUAUGUCAUGCUUUCUGAGUGUUUAGAACGAGCAAUGAAGCUUGCAUUUGGUGAAUUUCAUCUCUGGUACCAGCUCGCUCUGGCCAUGACAGCUUGUGGCAAGUCUGCUCAUGCUGUCUCAGUGCUCAGAGAAUGUGCCAAGCUACGUCCUACGGAUCCCACUGUCCCUCUCCUGGCUGCCAAGGUCUGCAUUGGACCUCUGCACUGGCUGGAAGAAGGAGAGCGUUUCGCCAAGAUGGUUGUUGGCAUGGGAGAAGAUGCCGGAGAAUUCCUAGCAAAGGGCUUUUUAGCAUUAGGCCUGACAUACAGCCUUCAGGCAACUGAUGCUACCCUGAAAAGCACACAAGAUGACUUACAUCAGAAAGCACUUCAGAAUUUGGAAAGAGCUCAUCACUUGGCACCUGAAGACCACCACAUUAUCCUUUAUAUCUCAUUGCAGCUGGCUCUUGUCAGGCAGAUUUGUGAUGCAAUAGAACACCUCCAAGAAGCACUGAAGCUGUGUAAGGAUGAUAUGAAUUCCCUUCAUUUGUUGGCCCUCCUUUUUUCAUCACAAAAGCACUACCAACAUGCUUUGGAUAUAAUUGACGUGGCCCUUGCAGAAUAUCCUGACUGCUUCAAUUUACUCUUCACAAAAGUAAAACUGGAAUUAGUACAUAAAGGACCAGAAGAGGCUUUAGUGACCUGUAGACAUAUGUUGCAUCAGUGGCAGAUGUUGUAUGUUUCCCAGCAAAGUGAUUCAGAAAAAGCAAACAGUUUGACUGAGACAGUAGCAGCCAAGAAGAAUAAUAGUGUGUAUCUUACUCUACCUGAUGCCCAUGAUAAUGAUUCUGGCUCCCAGAGAGCAUCUUCCAUUGCAGCUUCACGACUGGAACAGGCCAUGUCAGAGAUAACUAUGCAGAGUACUGCCUCAAAGCAAGGACCUAUGCAGCUGUGGACAACUCUUGAACAGAUCUGGUUGCAGGCUGCUGAAGUCUUCAUGGAACAACAGCAUCUCAAAGAAGCAAGCUUUUGUAUCCAGGAGGCAGCCAGUCUCUUUCCCACAUCUCAUGCUGUGCUGUACAUGCGGGGGAGGCUUGCAGAGAUGAACGGCAGCUUGGAGGAGGCUAAGCAGUUGUAUGACGAAGCAUUAACUGUGAAUCCAAAUGGCGUGGAAAUCAUGAACUGUUUGGGACUGGUACUCAACAAGCUUGGGAGAAGAAACUUGGCUCAGAAGGUUCUGCAGGAUGCAGUCCAGGUGCAGAGUACCAGCCACAAAGCCUGGAACAGCCUUGGAGAAGUCCUUCAUGUUCAGGGCAAAAAUGAAGCUGCUGUCGAGUGCUUUCUGACAGCUUUGGACCUUGAAUCUAGCAGCCCCGUCAUUCCAUUUACGGUUAUUCCCAGGGAACUGUGAAUGUUUAGUAUUAACUCAUCAAAUAUGUUCUGUGGAGGAAGUUUAGGUGAUAAGCAGUCAGUUUACAUAUGCGUGUGUGUGUGUGUGUGUGCGCGUGUAAUCUCAGAAAAGCUUUAUUCAAGGAAAUGCUUCUGUUUCAAGGAUAUCACAUUUUCCUUGUACUCAAAGCUCAAGAUAGCUAGUUGAUGGGAAAAUGUUACUCUCUAGCAGCUAGACCUAUUACAAUUUGAAAUGCUGCCUAGGUACAGUGCUUUCUCAGCUGCAGAAAUGUAUGGAAGCCACAAGAGGCUCAUAUUCUUUUCAGUCUGCUUCUUACCUUAUACUGCAAGGAUUCAGUGGUGAAUAAGUGAAAUGCCUCUCAAGCAUGGGCUGAACUUAAGCUUAGUGGUUUUAUAAGCCUGCCUUAUAAUGUGGUUAUGCUGGUACCUAAUGGAUAAUACCUGUGGCAUAAGCUACACAUGACAUCCCUGCCAUUUGUCAUGUUUUCAUCCCUUAUAAUUGAUUAACUUGUGAAGAGGUAACUUGCAUGAACUCUGAAACUGAUUCUGCUGAAAAUUCAGGACAGGGGGGAAAAAAACCUUUUUUAAUUCACUCUUGGCACAGUACUUGAGCUAUGACCAAGGACUUCCAAGAGGAGCUCUCACUCCAUUCCGUUAAGACUUACAGGCCUUAGGAAAUACAUGACAGAAGGGUAAGGAUGUCAGGUGGAACAAAUUCUUCACUCAUGCCUUAAAUUAUUGUGGAAUGAGGUAGCAAGAAAAAAUAUAAAACUGGAGAAAAAGAUAGGUAUUUCCAGAAUAUUGUGUUAAUAAAAAAUAGGGCAGCUCAAUUUUAUAAUUUCAGCAAGGGUUUUGUUCUAGCCCACUAGAAGUUAUGGGACAUUAAGACACAAGACUGCUGCUUGAGACAGUGACAGGCACACAUAUCUCAAAUUAUCUCCUUUAAGAGUAUUUCAUAAAUGCUCCAUAGCUAGGGACCAUUACAGCUAAACAUAAGUCACUGAAAAAUCACAAAAAUUACCUGUCCAAAGCAUGUACAUGAUGGAGAUGGUGGGAUGCACCAUGGACAAAAUUACUACAUACUAGACAAUGCGUGACCCACUGGGUCAUCGUUUCAGAGAUAUUUCCCUCCAAGAUUCCUCAGUGCCUUCAACAAUGGCAGAGCUUCUAAUGUACUGGAAAAGUUCUUAAAAAUUCAGGGAGACAUUCAGAGGUGUAUCUGCCUUGAAAGUAGCCCAUGUUGAACUGUAUAGCACAGUCAAACAUCAGGAGCUGACCACAGGAAAUCUUUUAUGACAUUUUGUAUUAUGUCAUGUUUUAUAAAAUUUGGCAAAUUUCUAUUCCAUGGGAGUUAUUGGUCCCGGAUUUUGGACGCAUUCUAUAAACCCAUUUGAGGUAUAUUGAUUCAAAAAUUGUUGGCCUAUGACACACCAUUUCGCCCAGUUAAAGGUUACAAGUAUCAGAUGUCAGAGUUUUAGUAGUAUUUAGAUAGAUAGAUGUGAGUUUGGACCAAUUGCAGAAUAUUGCAAUGGUCUCUGAGUCUAAUCUGGCAUAUUUGAGGCUAAAUCAGUUUUGUUUGUGCUCAGGGAUGUAUAGAAUGAAAGUGUAGGCAUCUGUGCAAGCACAACAACUAGAUAUUACUGUAGCUUCUUGGUUCUUUAUAUCAUUUCAUCCUUCUGUUCUAUUUGUAGUACAUGACACAGAUGGAGAACAGUAUGUUAUUCCAUGUAAAUGAUCUCUUGCCUCUUAAAACUUUUUUCCAGUUUAGAGGAGAUAGUCUAGAAGGGCCCCUUUACCAAUAUUUCAGUUGCCUUGCAAUUUGCUUUUAAUUAUGCUGCCAUGAUCAUUCCAACUGAUCUCAUGUAUUCACCUGAGCUAGUUCAUUUUCCCAUAAAGUAUACUAUCAAUAACUGGAUUAAACAAGAUAGGUGUAAACACCUAUGCUAUAGCUAUCCAAAUUUACAUGCUGCUGAUUUCUUUUUAAAUCUCAAUUUAAAAGGAGAUUGAGUUGAUUUUUUCUAAUCUUCAGGGACAGAAAUCAUCUCAAAACCCACAGACUGAAGUUUCACAGUCCAACCAUUAGAAGAUGGGAGCCCUAUUUUAUCUCAUGUGCAUAAUCAAGGUGCUGAUUAAGUAAUACAAGACUUGAACCUGGAUAGCACAAGCAUUUGGUAGGGUACUACAUGAUCAGCUAAAGGAUUUUUCCUUGCUGUAUCCCUCACAUCCAGGGCCCUCCCAAAAUGCCUUUUCUCCAUUAUUGCCACCAUAUUCUUCAGUGGCAAAAAUAGGGCAUCUCAGUUAAUUUGCAGGAAAUAACUAACACUUAUUAUGGCAGUGACGGCUCAUCUCCUGGCAACCACCAUUUCCAUCCUUGGUAACCCAGUGAAUGAUGCUGCAUCUUCAUAAAUCAUCAGUCCAGUGAAAAAUAGGAUGGGGAUGAAGAAGGCAGACAAAAAUCAGGAUCCAUGUAGGACUAGGACUAGACACUAUUGAAUAUCUGUUUAUUAUCCAAUAAACUUCAUUUUUCACAGUCUGUAGUGUUUAACAGUGGUGAAAUUUUUCAUAUGCUGUACAGUAGUGUGAACAAAAUAAUAUUUUCCCCAUUAAGCUCUGGUGAUUGGGUGAGUUCAAACAGUUUCAAUUUGAUAUCGGCAUAGAUGUUAUCUUACUUUACUUACAGGCAACUAUUCUGGGAAUUGUUAUUUAUUAAGCAUAUUAUUUGGGCACUAUGAGGCCACUGAGUUAUAGUUCAGCAGUAUCUGGAGAGUCAUAGAUACCCACCCCAUCUUACAGAAAUUAUAAAAUCAUGAAAAAUAAUUAAUUAUAUAAACAUGAUUAAUUAGGAACCUUUCACUGAUGAAUAUAUGGGACUUGUAGAUCAUUAGUUGCUUAGAUUAUUUCAGUACAUUAUAGACAAAGUUGCCCCUUUUGCUCUUAUAUCCACAAUUCUGAAAUGUAGCAUUCUCAAAGAAGUGCUACAUCAUAUCAUGUUUCAUUUGCAAACCAGUCUGCAAUGCCUUUGAGAUUUGAUAUGCCUUUUCACAUGAAACAUGACAACACUGAGUUUGAAACAGCUUUCACCAGAUGAAUAAACAAAUCCCAUGGAGAAA